AUGCGGCAGGAACUAACAUUUGUUUUUAAGUUGUUAUUGACAUUCGAACGUUUCCUGCGCCAUUACAGAAAAAUUCCUGUCUUCGACCAGUUGACUUCUCCCAAGCGGAAGUCAACAUUUUCAAAAUUAUCCGUGAGGACAUCGAAGGAGCGCACUAAACUUCUCAGACAUGGACUGCAGACCGUGCUGCCCUCCAGCCUGUGGACCGUGCUGCCCGCCAGCAUGUGGGCCCUGCUGCCCGCCGCCAUGUGGGCCCUGCAGCCCUUGCGGGCCCUGCCCCCCGCCCUGCAACCCCUGCUGCCCGCCCUGUGGCACCUGGGGCCCGCUGCUGACCGCCUCCACGCGCGACAUCAUGGUGUCCAUCUGCAAGCCCUACUACGGCAACAGCUGCUGCUAGUCCUGGAUGUCAUCUUGGCCGAGAUCCCAACAACAUCUGGGGUCUCCUGUCCAUAGACACCGAGAAUCUUUUGGAGUUGCUGACCGGUGUACAUAUUGAUUAGUUUUCCAGCUGUUUUCCUGAUCAUUUUGAUAUUGAUUUUAAGCCAUUAAGCGGUCUUUUUUUUCCUUUUGUUUGCCUUCAUCACUGGAGAUGAAAUUAAUAAAGUGAAUGACUUAUACCUAAAGUGAAUACAUUUUCUUUAUUGUCUAUCUCCAUAACAAACUUCGAAUGCAAGCUGGUAAAGGGUUAAAUUCUAAAUAAAGUAAUAACUUUACAUUAUGUGCAUCAUUA